GAGGAUCUCCGAGAGCAGUUUGGUAGUGAUGUAUUCCAGGAUUUACAGACAGUUAUGUCGUGCCAGAGCGAUGCCGCCGCGGAGAUCGCGGUCUUUGGUCGUACGAUGUUGCUUUCGGAUAUGUCCACACGAGUCUUCAAGAAUCGUGAUAAACUCCAUCGUUUGAGUCGGUAUUCUUUGGUCCUGUAUAAUGCAUUGGUAUCGACCAUGUUGCGUGUCACUGGUUGUGGGUUAGAGCUAUUAGAUCCUGUAGUACCUCCAUUAAAGGAGUUCAGUCGGGCAUUGGAGGCCUCACGAUUCCGUCUGGUUGAGGAUAUGGUCAAACCUGAGCUAUUAAAGACCCAUCCACCUCCGUUGGAUAAUAUCAAUCUCACCAUGCAAGAGUGUGUGGAUGCCUUCUUGGGUGCCCGACGAGAUAUGGUACUGGAUGCCCUUAAUGGCUCGGACCGGGCAAUAAGGAUUACUAAUGCAGGUGGCUUCCGUGUCUAUCAUUUGGUUUAUGCAUUAUCAGUCUUUGCUGAGCUAUGGACUGGUCUGGAAUCGGAACUUAUAGGUCGCCAAAGGCCAUGCGAAAUGAUCCGUUUAUCAACUGAUAUGGGCGAUGCUCAUCGUCUUCUUAGAACGAUGUCCACUACACUACCAUCUGCAGCUGAUGCGCCGACUCGUCAGUUGACCUCGAGGCGGCCAUCAAAGUCAUGACUGACAAUGUAUAAUACAAAUCACAUCAUCGACUCUGCAAUGUACCCAAUGAUGGUAUGAAAGCAAUUAAUCAAGCGGUCAGAGCUCACAGAUAUCGCCGAGUACUGAACAGCUGUUUGCUAGGGUUCU